AUGGUGUCGGCUCAAAAAUACAUCUUGCCUCCACCAAAUGUUGAAAAUGACGGCAAAAGAUUAGAUUUGCAGCACCAGCUGUGGAUUUUGACACUGAAAGGUCGACUUCUGAACGCGCCGACACAGGAAAACGGCCCACUCCACCGUGUCCUAGACCUGGGCACAGGUACCGGCAUUUGGGCCACCGAGUUUGCGACCAAAAACCCGGCGACCGUCGUGUAUGGAAUGGACAUCUUCGCGCCCUCGCCACCCGAAAUCCCACCAAAUUGCAAAUUUAUUGCUGGAAAUGUCACUGCGGACUGGAAAAGGCUGGCAGGCUUGCAUUCAGGCCAGGGCUGCGGCAGCUCAGAACAUUUCGACUUUAUCCACAGCCGCAUGCUCCUGCUUAUAUGCCCAAACCAAGAUCUGAUAAUCUAG